AUGUCCAAAUUGUUACAAGAAAUGCAACAGGACAACUUUUCUAAUGACGAGGACAUUGAAACGGAUUAUGCCGAAUCAAACAGUAUCCAGUCGCAAAUUGCUUCUGUUUUCUCUGUUGUUCGUUGUGCCGCACAUACAAUACAGUUAGCAGCCUAUGAUGUUUUGAAAACAAUAGAAGGGGACAUUAAAGAAUGCCGAAACAUUGUAAAGAUAUUACGGACAUCGGUAAGAUCGGGUAAUGUCGAAAUUAGUUUGCCAUGCCUUGACAAUGCAACUAGAUGGAACUCGACCUAUGAAAUGAUAAAAUCCAUAAUCAGUAUAAGAGAUUACAUAGAUAAUCUGUCACAUAUUAACGUCAACUGGAUAUUUGUACAAAAUUUCCUAGCUGCUUUUCAUCCAAUAGCUAAAUGCACUCUAAAACUGCAACACGAUCAAUAUAUUAUUGAAGACUUUUUUAGAGAUUGGCUAACAUGUGAAUUGGAGCUUAAAAAGUUAGUGUCUACCAAUUCAUAUGCGGAAGCUCUUCUAAAUGCAAUGAAGAAAAGGAAAGAUACACUUAUGGGAAAUAAUGCAUUUAUUGCUGCACUUUAUAUGGAUCCGCGCUUUAAUUUCGACAACACCCCUCUUCUAAGCUAUGAUCAAAAGCAAGCUGCUGUGGAUCAUUUAAUUAGGACACGUGAUAUGAUAAAUAAAAUUGGCAAGCCAUCAGAAGACCAGUACGGCAACAGUUCUCCAGAUCUUCCAACCCAGUCGCUUCCCCAAGAUGAACUUCCCUCCACAUCGAAAGGCAUAUAUGACAUACUGACACUUCACGUAAACGCAAUGAGAAAUGCACAAGGUCCAACACCACAAAGAGGAGAAAUGGCCUUUAAGGAAAGACUAGCUAAACUUUGCGAUAGGGAAAUGGAGUCAUUUGAUAGCAAUAUUUUGGACAACUUUCGAAAAUUAUAUCGGAAUGAUGCCGAUAUGUUACAAUUAAUGGAAGUUGUACUAGCCAUACCUGCAACACAAGUUCUGUUGAAAGAGCGUUCAGUGCACUUCCAACAAUAUUAA